UUUUGUAGCAACAUUGUUUCUCAUAACUAUCUCCAAUGAAAAUGAUAUUUUUAUGGCUUUCCUUGCUACCCUUUUGCCUCAUAAACCUCAGCAUCAAUAUUAUUUUUGUGACCAGCCAUUGUCUUGGUCAUCAACAAUCUUUGUUGCUCCAAUUGAAGAACAACCUCAUAUUCAACUCAACCAAGUCCACAAAACUGGUUGAUUGGGAUCCAAGAAAAGAUUGUUGUGAAUGGAAUGGAGUAACAUGCAACAACAAAGGACAUGUUAUAGCUCUUGACUUAAGUCAUGAAUUUAUCUUUGGACAAGUUGAAACUAAUCUCUUCAACUUAAAGUAUCUACAAAGUUUGAAUGUGGCCUAUAAUGAUUUUCAUUCUGAGAUUCAUCAAGAGUUUCAAACUCUAAAUAAUUUGAGGUAUUUGAAUUUAUCAAGUGCUGGCUUUGUAGGGCAUGUUCCAAUUGAGAUAUUCCAAAUUCCCUCGCUUCAAGUGCUUGAUGUUUCUUAUAAUCUUGAUCUUCGUGGUUCUCUACCAAAUUUUCCACAUCAAUUAUCUUUGCACAACUUGAAUCUUAGCCAUACAAAUUUUUCAGGACCUCUUCCAAAGUCUAUUCACAAUUUGAGUCAAUUGUUUGCAUUAGAUCUAUCAAAUUGUCAAUUUAAUGGAACACUUCCUAAUUCAAUUUCUAAUCUUACUCAACUUGUUCAUCUAGACUUGUCAUUCAACAACUUCAUUGGUCCUCUUCCAUCUUUUAAUAAUUCCAAGUCCCUCAAAGUUUUAUCUCUCAAUCAUAAUGAUUUCAAUGGUACAAUUCCAUCUAGUCAUUUUGAGGGACUUAUAAAUCUCACAAGCAUUGAUUUAGGAGAUAAUUCCUUUUAUGGAAGAGCCCCUUCAUCUUUGUUUAGACUUCAAUCUCUUCAACAACUCAUGCUUUAUUACAACAAAUUUGAGGGUGUAUUAGAAGAAUUUCCAAAUGCUUCUUGGUCAUUAUUAGAGAUGCUUGAUUUAAGUGGCAAUAAUUUUGAAGGGCCUAUUCCUAUGUCUAUGUUCAAACUCAAAAGACUUCAAUUGCUUCAACUUACCAAAAACAAGUUCAAUGGCACUAUACAACUUGAUGUGAUUGGUAGGCUUCAAAAUUUGUUUACACUUGAUCUUGGACACAACAAAUUGUUUGUUGAUCAUGCAAGUAUAAGGGAUGGCCAUGAUGCAUCAUCAUCCUUUCCUAAUUUGAAAACUCUUUGGUUGCCUUCAUGCAAUUUGAGAUCAUUUCCUAACUUUUUGAAAUAUAAAUCCUCAUUGCUCUACCUAGACUUAUCCAACAACCAAAUUUCAGGAGCAAUUCCCAAUUGGAUUUGGAGAUUUGAGUCUAUGGUUGUUCUAAAUGUUUCCUAUAAUUCUCUAACAAGUUUUGAAGGGCCUUUGCAUAAUCUUAGUUCAAAUUUGUUUAAACUUGACCUUCAUUCCAACCAAUUACAAGGGCUUGCUCCAACUUUCUUGAAAAAUGCAAUCUAUUUGGAUUAUUCAAGCAACAAAUUCACCUCUAUUAGCUUGAAAGACAUUGAGAGUCACAUGCCUUUCCUAUAUUUUCUCUCUCUUUCAAACAAUAGUUUUCAUGGAACAAUCCAUGAAUCCUUUUGCAACAUUUCAGGUCUUAGAGCACUUGAUCUUUCACAUAAUAGUUUCAAUGGAAAAAUUCCAUUGUGUUUGACAAAAAGGAGCAACACUCUUAGGCUACUAAGUCUUAGUGGAAACCAACUCAAUGAUCAUAUUUCAGAUGCAUUCACAACAUCAUGUGAUCUAAGGUUUCUUGAUCUAAGUGGAAAUCUUUUGAGUGGAACCAUUCCAAAAUCUUUGUCUAAUUGCAAACACCUUCAAGUUCUAAACCUUGGAAACAAUCAUUUAAUUGAUAGGUUUCCUUGCUUCUUGAACAAAAUUUCCUCCCUAAGAGUCAUGAUUUUAAGGUCAAACAAAUUGCAUGGCCAUAUUGAAUGUCCUAAUAACAAUGAAAAAUGGGAGACACUUAGAAUUGUUGAUCUAGCAGCCAACAAUUUCAAUGGUACAUUACCACCAUCAUUGUUACAAAGUUGGAAAGCAUUGAUGCUUGAUGAAGAUAAAGGUGGAAACUUUGGUCAUUUAUUUUUCAAUCUCUAUGAUAACUUCAAUCCCAUGAAUGUGAAAACUGCAAUAGUUGAUCUCAAUAGUGAGCUUCAAAUGAAGUUAGCUAAAUUUAUUGAAGAAGAACCACCUUAUUUGCUUGACCAUAUAGUCUUACAUAUUUUUGAAGAAGGUGUUGGUCUUAGAAGCUAUGAGGAUUCAAUUACAAUUGUUAACAAAGGUAGAACAAUGAAUUUGGUUAAAAUCUUCAUUGCUUUCACUUCAUUGGAUUUCUCAUCAAACAACUUUGAAGGACAAAUACCUCAAGAGCUUAUGAAACUUACAUCACUUCAUGCUCUUAACUUGUCACAAAAUGGUUUCUUAGGUAACAUUCCUUCUUCUAUAAGCAAUCUAAAACGUCUUGAAUCCUUAGACUUGUCUUUUAACUCCUUAAGUGGAGAGAUUCCAAAUGAGCUUGCAAGUUUAACAUUUCUUGAAGUUAUGAAUAUUUCUUAUAAUCACUUGGUGGGAAAAAUACCAAUUGGAACACAAAUGCAAUCUUUUCAACCUGAUUCAUUUAUAGGCAAUGAAGGACUAUUUGGACCUCCAUUGACUCAAAAUUCAAAUGGUGAAAAAGGGUACUCACCAACACAAUCACAUGGUUAUGAAACAGAUGAUGAUGAUGAUGAUGAAAGUUCAAAUAUUCAUUGGAAUUUCUUGAGUGUAGAGUUGGGAUUCACUUUUGGAUUUGGAAUUUUUAUUAUUCCUAUUAUUUUGUGGAAGAGAUGGAGAAUGUGGUAUUCUAAGAAAGUUGAUGACAUGCUUUAUAGGAUCAUUCCUCAGCUUGAUUUUGUUCAUGAAUAUCGUGGAGGUAAAAAGUAUAGAACUUUGAGGUGGAAGCCAUAUUGAUAAUUUUAAUAUUUUUUUGCUUUGGUUUUUUAUUUGGCUAGGUUUAU